AAGAGGACGGGUGUUGCAUUCUGUUCUGUCUGCUUUCCUUCCAGGAAACACAUCCUGUAGCUGGAGUAACGUGUUUGUCACCGACCAAGAGAGAGAGAGAGAACUUAUUCCCAAGCACUCCUACUCUCUCAUCCCAGUCCUUCUGAGCUUUUCAGGGAUAAAGCACGCACACGGUCACACGUGAACAUGGGAAACUGGUAGGGAAGAGUAAUCUGAGAUAAGCGAGCGAGUGUGGGAAAGAACGAGAAACACAGACACUGCAUCACGCAGACAUUCCUCAGCAGGGAGACGAGGAGAAAAAAAAACUACCCAGUGCACAUCUGGAAGAGAAAGGGGGAGGAACAGACGGGCAGAGAGCAGCAGAAGAACGGAGCGAGUUAAAGAAAGCGUGCGUGUUUAUGUGAUGGCCUUGGAGGUCCCGCGUCCAGCCCUACGAGCAGCAGCGAGCCCCGACUCCGAGGAAGAGGGUUAGAGACUCCCGUCGCCCCAACGACCCUCAAGACACAAGAAUGAGUGGCGAUGUCCUCUAGCUAGCCUUUCUCAGCAUUCAUGCCGCUCUGCGUUUCUGCAUAGCGUGCACGUGUACCCGUGGACGUUUCAGGUAUUCGGGCGCUCCGACGGGUGUAUGGCCGUGCGCAGGCUGGUGGUGGUGGCGGCCGCAGUGGCCCUGCUUUCUCUGGUGCUCAACAACGUUGCGACGUUCAGCUCCAGCUGGGUGCUGCAGAUGCUGGAGGAGGGACGGCAGCGCAGCGUCGGGCUCUGGAGAAUGUGUGCGAACGUUCACGAGCCCACAGCCUGCCAGAGACUUAGCUGGGGAUCGGAGCUUGCGGGGUAUCAGGAGUCACGCAGCACUGUCAAACUUCAGUUUGACAUGAUGCGGGCAUGUAACCUGAUGGCUACAGUGGCUCUGACCGUGGGUCAGUUAAUCUUCCUGUUUGGGUUACUGAAGAUAAGCCCCAUUACCCAGGAUUCUCAGUGGUGGGAGGAAGCCAUCGCUGCCCUGUUCCAGUUAGCCAGUUUUGUGCUGGUCAUCGGUCUGGUGACGUUCUACAGGAUCGGCCCCAACACCUCCCUGUCCUACGCCUGCUACGUUAACAUCACUGCUUGCUUGUUUGCCACGCUAGCGGCCGCCAUGCUAAUCUGGAAUAUUCUGCAUCGCCGAGACGACUGCAUGUCUCCGUCGGUCAUCGUCAUCAGCCGAUCUCUGACCACACCCUUCAGGCCGCGCCUAGACAAUGACUAUGUGGAGUCGCCAUGCUGACACACAAAAAACAGGGUGGAUAUUUGGACGGACGGACACAAAUGCACAUGGAGAGGAUUUCUAUCAUUUCAUGUCAAACUGAUCUCCUGGACUUUAUGCUUAUGGAUCAUGUGACUGCAAACAGAAUGAAAGAUUUUCAAACUCAUUUAAACACAGAAGCAGGACUGUGGAUUAGAAGAAUAAAACUGACAGAUAAAGAUCAAGCUGGAUCUUGACACGUUUAUAUUCAUAAGUGCACUUAUGAGAAAGUAGAAGCACAUUCGUAUGCACAUGUAUCUGGUAUAGUUCUAUGAAACAUGGAGCUUCAGAUCUUCAGAUUUCAAAAGGAGGCUAGGCAUUGGAUAUUGCUCCCAGGUCAAUUGAAUACAGUCCUUUUCAGGCCCGCAUGGAAUCUGCACUUUGUGUGAAGGGAAAAAAAAUUCUGGAUAGAUUUAAAUUGGGGAAAUUUUACAAAAAUGUCCAAUGUAUGGAAGUCCGUUUCUGCCACUGAAUAAAAAAUAAUAAUGGUUAUUGCGACUUUUUAAUCUUACUAUUCUGACUUUUUUUUCAGAAUUGUAAGAUAUAAACUCGCAAUUGUGAGUGAUAAAGUCAGAAUUGCAAGGUAUAGUCAGAAUUCAGACUUUAUCUCACAAGUCUGAGAAAAAAAGUCACAAUUACCUAUUUUUAUUUUUUAUUCAGAGGUGGAAACGGGCUUCCAAUUACAUUUUACUCUUUUUUUGUGUGAAUGCAUAAAGAAACUGAGUCUAAUUUUAGAAACAUUGCAAUCUUUCGCAUUAUGACAUUGUAUUAUUACAAAUAAGCACAUUUGCCCCCAAAUUCGCAAUAUAAUUUGUCCAGACGCUUUACGUUUGAGCUUUUUUUUUUUUUUUUAAAUGUGCUUAAU